CAACCAUCCUACUCCAUCAAAUCCAGCUUGCGUGUGUUGUCAGUCAGAGUCGAUUUUCAGUAACUGGUAUACAAGACAAGGCCAUUCACAGAAUGUUUGUAAUAAAAAUCUUAAAUAUGGAUGGAAAAUCUUUUAGCUUUUGUUUAGCGAGAUGUUUAGAAAACUGUUUGUGUAAAUCUUUCCAAGUUUGUGAUAGCACUAAAUGCGAAUUGUCAUCAAUAAACAAAAAUGAAGAUGGAUCAGCAUUCGACACAAGAUCGGGAUGUGUGUACUAUGAUCUAGACGCACUAGACGUAAGUAUUAGUCAGGGGGGUGGGCGGAGCCGCCAAACAGAAGUAAUUUAUCACAGACUAUAUAUUAUAAAUAUCCAAAAAGUGGGGCCGAAGUUCCGACUCACGCUCUUGCUCAAAUAGGACUGAUUUUUGUUCACAUUUGGGUUAUUCUACAAAAAAAUAAUAUAUUUUUAUUUUGUCGAUACAAGUGCAUUUCAGACGCGGUUAGCAGUCGUCGUUCUGUUCAAGAUCUGUACGUGUGUCUUUUAUUUAGUAUCAGAACUCAUGGGUGUACUUUUAAAAUGACUUUGAUAUAUUUCAAACUCACUUUUCCAAAAUAUAGAGUGGACUCGGAGACUGCCCACCUUUGCCAGCAAAUUCAGUAAUGUAUCAUGCACAAUUAUUGAACGAACUAAUUAGUAUACGCAUUCAGUUCACUCUUCCCGGCAAAGCAAGGCAACCUUUUACUACAUUCUCCUCCAAUUUUCAUCCAAAUUUAACUAAAAUCUAACUACUUUGUCCUUGGGCAAUGGAUCCCACAGUUGAUAUUUUUAAGUUAUCGUGUUGACAGACAAACACUCGCACAGAAGCAGACAGACACACAUAUAAAACGCGGAUGAAAACAUAACCUCCUGGCGGUGGUAAAUUCCUCCUGGCGGAGGUAAAUUAGGCCUGAAGUUUUGCUGUUCUGUUCUGUGUGAAAACAUUAACUCAGCAUGCCCGUUCAAAACAGUGUGUAUUUGUGCAUGUCACUCCUGGAUAUUCCAAGCUUUUUUUAUUUUUAAAAACAAAUAUUUUUCUAUUUUAGGCAGCCAAACAGCAAUGCAGCAAAACAUGUUCCAGCUCAAUAAACUGCUGCAUUACCUCGAACCCAUGCCUUCAUGGCGGUGUUUGCCUCGCCGCCAACUCAAUCCCAUCCACCAAAGGUCGUUCCAGAUUCAGGUGUGAAUGCCCGCAACCUUAUAUAGGACCUCGAUGUAAAAAUCCAGUGAGAUCAUGCCGUGGGUACAGGAACGGAUCUCGAACUUCUGGCCUCUAUAAAAUCCUUGCUGGUAACGAAACUUCGGUGGAUGUAUAUUGUGAUUUUGACCCGAUCACAUCGCUCACAUGGACACUGGUUCAAUCGCAUGUUAGAGACACUAAGAUGAAGUCAUUGAAAUGGAAUAGCCCUAUAUCUCCUGACACUCCUUCGUGGACCGGCUAUCGCCUUCAGAAAUCUAGAAUGCGAUCUAUUCAAGUUGAUUCCAGCAAAUGGCGCAUUACAUGUCAAUACAACGGCACAACACCGCUGACUGAUUAUGUUUACGGUGCAAUUAAAGACAUGGAUAUUUUAGAACCAAUAGUCAAUUGCGCAAAAGUGGAGUUUAUCAAAAUCCGAGAUGAGUCGUGCAGCAAUUGUACGGCACAUUUCUUUCAAAAUGAUAAUUAUAUGUUGCAUCAUUACUCGUCAUCGAGAACAGCGAAGUGCGAGUUCAGUAUAACGCGAGGGGCGAAAAUGUCGUGUGAUGGAGAGUAUUUUGGUUUAUUUGACUGCAAAGAUAAGGAUCAUGUGUGUUCUUCAUCGCUAAAAGCGACCACGCAAAUUUGGUUCGGAGGAUACUAAAAUGAAAAUGAGCAGAACCUCCAUAUAUAAAACUAACGACAGGUCCGUGUGAGGUAAGGUAGGGACUUUAAGCAAACAGGACAGCAACGCGGCGACGACGGUUAUUCACACAAUGAUAUUCCUGAUCUCGUACAAAAGAAAUGAAUAAUUAAAAGCCCCAAGGGAGUUAGAGACGUUGUGUUAGGGCUUUUUACAACGGCAAACCAGAGAUUUUCACGUCUCGUGUACAAAGCAAACAUGUCAAGACGCGACAAGUGAAACUACAAAUUUGCUCAGUAAAAGCGUUUUUAACCAUAAAGCCUUUGUUUCAAUCUCUUCAAACUGAACUCAAUUCAUCUAUACAUGCAUGCAGUGGAUAAUACACAACAACUCCUCUUCGCAACAAUUUAUUUGAAGAAGUUGUUUUGGCUGUCGUCGUCGCGUUGCCGUCGUACAUGCUUAAGGUCUCUACCUAAUAACAGCCAGAAGGGGACGGACCUUUUUAAAAUAUGCAUAGAACCAAAUAUGCAUUUUCACCAGAGUAUGUGU